AUGAAGUUUGUGGUUUAUCCUGAACUUUCCUGCACAUUGGCCUAUGUGACCCUGGACGACAUCAGCUGCCUGGAAGCCUUCAGAGACCAGACAGUGAUGGUUGUGAAAGCUCCAGAUGAAACCAGAGUGACCAUUCUCACACCUGCACAGGUAAACAAAACAGAGACAGUUAAUAAUAAGGAUGAUCUGUGGAGUAUAUGAAGUAAUGGAUGUAGUUUUCUGAAACUGAUCGUGGUCAGAGGUUGAGGAAUAGAAGUGUCAUCACAGACUGACUAAGGUUGUAUGUUGUGUGUCGAUGCAGGAUCACAUUCAGGUCCAUCUGGCAGGGCGGGACGGUCCCAUCACAGUGCUGACCUGUGAUUUCAGCACAGAGAGCAGAACAGACUCAUUCAUGUCAGUGGAGGAGAGUCGGAUAAAAACGUCGCAGCUGCACAGAGGUAACAACAGAGCAGAUCUACUCUGGGAUACUUGAUUUACAUGUAGGCGCUGAGGUGAUUUCACCCCCAGCAAACUAAAAUCAUUUCCUCUAAGUUCAGAUUCUUAAUCUCUGAGUUUCUGAUUAAAAACUUAAAAUAUAUUAAUUACCUUCAAAUCUCCAUGCUGUGUGUUUUCACUUCCCCAGAGGUUUUCAAUGUCUUUGAAUCCUCUGGAGAUGCCACAGAGUCAUGA